CUCGACCGCCUCCAAGCUGCCUCGCCUCGCCCCGUCGCUUGCCCGCCUCUACUCGUCAUCAGCCCGCAUGUCGAAGCCUUUGUUCGGUGCCUCGGAGCUGUGGCCGACAUUCCACGCCGUCAACGACACGCUGCGAGGCGGGUCGUCCUCGUCGUCCUGGCUCGUCGACGACCGGACCAACGUCGCGACUUUCAAGGGCCACCUCGACAUCACGACCCUCGGCGGCGCCGGCUUCGCCUCGCAGUCGACCCUCUUCCCCUCGCGCCUGUCCCUCUCUCGCUCGCGCACCUCGGGCCUCCUCCUCACCUACGUCCCUCCCCCUCCCUCGUCCCUCACCGACGCCACCGCCGGCGGCCCCGGCCCCGUGACCCGCUUCGUCCUCGCGCUCAAGACGAGUGAGCCCGCACGGCGCCCGGACGGCAGGCGCGAGAGCGUCACGGUGUACGAGUGGGCGUUUGACGCGAGCGACCACCUCGACGGGCUUCUCGAGGGCGACGUCGAGGGCGAGAAGGGUGAGAAGGGCGAGAAGGGCGAGGAGCGGAGCGUGACGAGGCUCGCGAGGUGGGACGAGUUCAAGCCGAUGUACCGCGGGCGGCCGGCGGACGACGCAGAGCCGUUUGACCCGGCGAGGAUCUACGAGCUCAGCUUCAUGGCACGGUCCCACUUUGGCGACCAGGCGGGCGACUUUGCGCUCGACGUCGUGAGCCUGUCGGCUGCUGCGUUCGGAGCGGCGGCGAGGACGAGCACAGGGCGAGGCUGGCUCGGCGGGCUGUGGGACGCGGUCCGGGCGGCGUGGGCGAGCUGGACGGCGACGGUGCGAGCGUUGUGGAGCGGCGAGCGAGGUGGGGCUCGGAGGCUGCCGUGAGGCGCUGCAACGACGGACGUGCUGCCCAAU